UGCUCAAUUUAACGACUUCAUCCAUAGAGAAAACACACCACAAAGGCAAAACAACAAACACUUAGAACGUCAGUCACAUUUCAGAAAUGGCCUCAAUCACCAUGGCAGCCGCCUCAUUCCUCGGCAGCACAACCCUUGCCAACCGGUCUCCGGUAGCCGGAAGCCGGAGAAUUGUCGUCACAAAAGCUGCAAGAGCAGCUGAAGGGGAAAAGGUGAAGGUCAAUUGUGACACUAAAAAGGAGAGCAGCAAUGGAAGGAGGGACUUGGUGUUUGCUGCUGCAGCAGCCGCUGUUUGCUCCGUUGCCGGGAUGGCGGUGGCGGCGGAAGGGCCGAAACCGGGGACCCCGGAAGCUAGGAAAAUCUAUGCCCCAGUUUGUGUCACCAUGCCAACUGCUAAGAUUUGUCGCAGGUGAGAGAGGGUCUGCGGUUUGUUGUGGUCUCUAUCUAUUUGGUUUUAAGACAAGUGAUGCUGUAAUCUAUUCAAGCUUGUAAUAUUAAAUUGUGGAAAUACUUUUUUCCAUUGCCUUAAUUGUUAAAUUUUGUUAUUUA